GUGGAGAAAUGGAGGACUCAUCUCCAUAUGAACCUGUGGCCCCCAACCGGCAGCCUGAUGUUUCCCGCUUGGCUUCCAUCUCUUCAGGGAUGCUCACUCUGGCCCCGAAAGGGUUCAGCUGUCCCGAUGCUGAGAAAGUCUGCAACCCUUGCCUUGAUGCGACCAAAGCUUGCAACCUCAACAACAACUGUAAAAAGCACCGCGCCAACUUCAUCUCCACCUGCACCAAGGAGGACCAGAACAAAGGAGACACCUGCAACAAGAAGCGCUGCCACAAGGCGCUGAGGUCCUUCCUGGACCGUGUUCCUGCCGAUCUCAGCCACCGGCUGCUCUUCUGCCCCUGUCAGACCGAGGGCUGCGCCGAGAGACGCAGGCAGACUAUAGUGCCUGACUGUUCCUAUAAAGAUAAGGAGAAACCCAACUGUUUGGAGCUACGAAGGGUUUGCCGUCAGGACGCUCUCUGCAGGUCAAGACUGGCUGAUUAUGUUGCAAACUGCUGGACAACAUCGCACCCAGGAAGCACCUGUCCCAACCAAGACAAUCCCGACGCCUGCUCAGCUUCUUACGCGCGGCUCAUCGGGACAGAAAUGACCCCCAACUAUGUCGACAACAGCUUCACCAACUGGACCAUCUCUCCGUGGUGCACCUGCAAGGGCAGUGGGAACAACGAGGAGGAAUGUAUCAACUUCCUGCGGCUCUUCACCGACAACACGUGCCUAA